AUGGACAACCUUCGAGAGACUGAUAUUGAGAGCUACAUUGUGGGUUUAAAUGAUGAUGCCAUUGAAGAAAUAGCAAACCAUAUUCAGAGUACACCAGUGGAUCGACUUGAAAGAGCCGAGACUGACCCUGGUGACCCUGGUGAUUUUGACGACGAAGCUGAGGAAAACAUCCUAUCUUCUCAGGGGAUUGAAGAUGUUUUCAGAAGUGAUACGCAGGACCCAUCCUUAUCACGGGAGCAGGUCUUUCUUGACUUGCACAAUACGGAGGACCUCACAUACCAGUUGGUCGAAUCCACACAAACAUUGAAGACCGAGGGUCAGAAUUACCCUGAAAGCAGAGACUAUAAUUAA